CAUCCAUCCGCGAGUGUAAUAAAUAUCCCCUAUUGAUUCGGGAGCUGAAUUUAAUUUCGUGCCGUUGAAGGUCCUAUUGGUACUGAUCUUAUUAUCUUAUUAUUAUUCUUUCUUUAGAAAUGAAUGUUGAAUACCUAGCACACGCCUCACAAGGAACGGCACGGUGGCAGGCCACAGUCCAUCAUCACCUAUAGACGGAACUGUUCUAAAUUUCGAGGUUCGAUUCGGAUCCCGGGAGCUUUGCUUCACUGCACUCUUCUUCCUUUCUUUCCUUGAUUACUCGAGUGUUCUGUUCAAACCAGAACCAGAUCAUGCUGGUGGAUUACUCUAAAAGCAGCAACUCCGAAAGCGAAAACGACAGCAACAAGACCUGGAGGAAUGAAGAAGGGGUGUCGAACAAGCGGAAGCGCAAGGCUGACGAGAUUGUCAAUGUCGACGGUGUCUCCGGUACCACUCAACGCCGUCGCGUGGACGAGCAGCAACACAAACAUAAACAGUCGUCUUCUCCACCACCACUCCCACCGUCUUUCGCAUCACUAUACGCCACCAAUGUAAGAACUUUUGCAGCGGACGACCCGUCCUUACACGCCGGCCGCAAAAGACAGAUUCCGCACGUCGCCGGCAACUGGCCGACGCACGUGUUUUUGGAAUGGACCCCGUCGAGAGAUCAAGUUGAGAUCUUGGAUGGGGUUAUUGAUCGAGUACAACAACGGAAUCUUGGAGACAUUGCCGAUAGUGGUGGUGGUACACCUUCGGUCAAAUUACAUAGUUUCCUACGUUCGGAACUAGGUGCCCUCCUUCCUCUACACAUCAGUCUAUCUGCGCCGUUGGUUUUGCGGACGGACCAAAAGAGUGCAUUUCAAGAAAGGUUUUGUGACGAAUUGAGGACAACAAGAAGUAGUACUACUACUACUGAUGGUUGCCGCUCUGGAAAUUCGAGUCGCCUCGGACUUCAGCCGUUCACGGUCCAUGUCACGGGACUCGAUUGGGUUGCGAAUCAAGAUGGGUCAAGAUGGUUUCUCGUGUUGAAACUCAGUAGGCCGGACAACGAUGAAUUGAACACACUUUUGGCCGUGUGUAAUGAGGUCGCGAGGCGGUUUGGGCUGCAACCCUUGUAUGAAGAAGAUACGAAACAAGAAGAGGUACAGGAGCAAGAUGGGACGAAACGAGGGCAUCAGCAUCAACAACAUCAGCAUCAGCGUCAGUCUCGAGAAGGGACUCAAAAAAAGCAGAGGCAAAAAGAGAAAAGAGAAAUCAAGGCCGGCAACGACAAGUCGCACGCGUUUCAUAUCAGCAUUGCGUGGGCAUUGCACAAUCCCAACCCAGAUUACUUCGGUAAUGAUGAUCACCCGGUACGAAUGUCACAGCGAUCAACGCUCGCGCAUCUCGAGGAGGAAGGAAUUAAUGAGCAGCUGCGUGGUCUGGAGAUCGCAUUCUCUUCGCUAAAACUGAAGAUUGGUAAUUCUGUCAUCGACAUUCCGUUCAGUUCGUGAGACAGACACACCGCCGAGAAACACGAUCUUAGAAAACAUGUUCCUUUCGUCGGGUUUUGCGCUUUGAUAACUUGCUUGACUCAUGAGAUGGUAUUCCUAACCCCGGCCUGGGGACUGCAGGGAGUGGGACAAUAUAUGUCUGGACUCGGCUUCUUUGCUUCUUUGCUUCUUUGCUUUCCUUUCCGAGGCUAGGUCGUGACGUUUGUUUGUUGCGGGCUGGUCUACCGGGACAGGAGAGUGUUGCACUAGAUACCAGUCCGAGAGAUCUGACUGUGUUCUUGCGUGCCGUGCCCCAGCUCCUAGUUUCGCUGGAGCGGAUUGGACCUGACUGAUAUCCAUUUUCACUGGGAACGGAUUCUCGGUUCCCUAUGCCGCCAAUACCGGCACCGUUGUAGGGGUCGUCGCAUCUGCGUGAGUGAAAGCGAGGACUACUCAUCUCACGUUGUCUUUUUGCGGCUCAGCUGGGGACAAGCAGAUGUUAGAGCGUACACCCCUUUUCGAGGGAUGGCCCAUCCACUCCCUGCAAGUCCCCGGCGUUCCUGUCCUCGUAGUGUCCAAAAGGCGUUUUGAAUAUGAGCCAGCCCAUGGUCAUCAAAGCAUAUUCCCA